AUGCUCGUGGACCGUGCACGCUCCUGGACCAGGCAAGCUCUUGGACCAGGCAGGCUUGUGGACCAGGAAAGUUCCUGGACCAGGCAAUCUCCUGGACUAGUCCAGGAGCUGGACGUGGACGACGUGGACGACGUGGACGACGUGGACGACGUGGACCUGGACGUGGACGUGGACGUGGACGUGGAGAUGGACGUGGAGAUGGACGUGGACGUGGACGUGGAUGUGGACGUGGACGUGGACAUGGACAUGGACGUAGACGUAGACGUGGACGUGGACGUGGACAUGGAGGUGGACAUGGACGUGGACGUGGACGUGGACAUGGACCUGGACGUGGACGUGGACGUGGACGACUUGGACGUGGACAUGGACGUGGACGUGGACGUGGACAUGGACGUGGACGUGGACAUGGACCUGGACGUGGACGUGGACGUGGACAUGGACCUGGACGUGGACGUGGACGUGGACGUGGACGUGGACGUGGACGUGGACGUGGACAUGGACGUGGACGUGGACGUGGACGUGGACGUCGACAUGGACGUGGACAUGGACCUGGACGUGGACGUGGACGUGGACGUGGACGUGGAGGUGGACGUGGACGUGGACAUGGAAGUGGAGGUGGACGUGGAGGUGGACGUGGACGUGGAGGUGGACGUGGAGGUGGACGUGGACGUGGACAUGGACGUGGACGUGGACGUGGACAUGGACGUGGACAUGGACGUGGACGUGGACGUGGACGUGGACGUGGACAUGGACGUGGACGUGGACGUGGACGUGGGGACAUGGACGUGA